GCUGAUGGAGACAUUUUAAAAUAAACACACAGCUAACGGCUAACUGCUAACAGGGCUCGCGAAGGGGCGAGCGCACUGCGCCAAAACACAUUACAAUCAUCCCAGGUUCUCACCAAGUUUAUUAUAUCCAGCAGUGCUUUAUUUAAUAAAUAGUAAAUCAACGAGGCUACAAAACACCGAAGAUGUUGAAAAGUCUGACACUGGGAACAGAAGAUUAUAACUAAACCGCGCAGGUGAGCUCCUGUCCAGGCACAUUGGUCCAUGCUCGCUGGACCUCUGGGCUUUGGGCUCAACUAGCAUGAAGAUGGCUGACUCGGACAAGGCAGAGGAUUUUGUGGAUGCUGAGUGCCCCCCAGAGUGCCUUGAUGAAGCACAAUCAGCCGCAGGCUCUGCUCAGGGAGACCAGGAUGAGCAUCUGAAAACCGAGACCACCACCAGUACCAGCUCCCCUCCCAGGGAAAAGGAGGCCGACAGCCCCUUGAAUACAGAGGGGGAGCAGAGUCUCCUCUCCAUGCCCUGCCUGAUGCAGGAGCUCCGCAGAGACUCCCCAGAGUCCCAGAAUGCCUCCACAGGAAGUGACAAGCCCGUAUCUCGUCACAUCGAUGAGAGCGACUCCUCAAACCCCUGCAUGAUGUCCCCCUCAUCCAGCGGACACCUUGCUGACUCAGACACACUCUCCUCAGGUGAAGAAGGCGCUGCUCCUCCCACAGGAAAAGACGAAGAAGGAAACAUGGAUACGACAAACGAUGGGCAGGCAGCAGGGAAGCAAUCGUCUUCCUCAGCGACGGGGGGGAGGAAGUCCCGGCGGUUACGCUCGGAGAGCGAGAUGCCGCCGAAUGCAAUGGCUGCAAAGAAGAACCGCUGCCAGCCCACCUUAGUAGCUCCCGGGGGGGCGGAAAAACAAACCAAUGGCAAGCUGGCCAAAGUGAAAGGUCACCGGAGCCAGAAGCACAAGGAGAGGAUGCGCCUGCUGAGGCAGAAACGAGAGGCGGCGGCACGGAAGAAGUACAACCUGCUGCAGGACAGCAGUACGAGCGACAGCGAGCUCACGUGCGACUCCAGCACCAGCUCCUCCGAGGACGACGAUGACGACACCUCAGGAGGCAGCAAGACAAUCAAGGCAGAUCUCACAGACGGGCUUCCGAUAGUGGGUCACUAUGAUAUUUCAGACACUGAUUCUAACCCGGAGAGUAUGAGUGUGGAGACAGUCCGGCCCACGGUGAUAAAGCAUGAGCUAAAAACACACAGAGGCCAGGAUAUGGCCGCUCACUCUGGGUGUAUAAGAGCUCUGUGCUCUCUCUCAGGCCGCGUGGAGGCAGAGCUGUCGCACAAGGGAAGUCGUCAUCACAACAAGGGCCAGAUCAACAUCGCCUCCUCGGACAGUGAGGUGGAGAUAGUCGGAGUGCAGGAAAAAGCACGAUGUGCCCACCCGUGUGGAGGGGUGAUCAAGAGCCUGUCCGGCUGGAAGGAGAGCUCCGUGGAGCAGCUCAACAGCACAAACCAGCCCCAGCUCUGGACUACUGUUUCCCCUCAGCCCAACUGGGUGUCCCCCCCCGAGGUGGUGGACCUCACACUGGACGAGGACGCGGGACACAAAUACCUUCUUUAAAGAAGCUGCACACUGAAGACUCCUUCCUCCUCCUCCUCCUCCCUCUCUGCCUUGCCUCCGUGUUAUCGGCCUCUCGUGGACUUUUCCUGCUCCGGAGUGUGUGUUUUUUUUAUUUACUUCCUGUCAAAAAGAAAUCAUCUGUAUCGAAGCCAUUCUACUGACGUGAUUCCCUGAUCAGCUCUGAAUUUAGUCGUAAUAAAAACAGCAUUUCAUGUGCAGGUGGAAAUGUGAGUAACAUUUAUCGGUUAAUGAUAGCAAUAUCCUGCCUUCCUUUAUUACCUCAGUUACCCCCCCCCCUGUAGGUCUUGGUGUGGUGUGUGCUUGCCUGUAGAGGAAACAUCCAGCUGCUGCUUGAGGUCACUGUCAUGGCGGCUGACCUGCUUCACUACGGACUCUGAGCGGCGUGUUGUACCUGCAGCCGGUACACUUCUUCUUUUGGUCGUACCACAAAGCUUUGUACCGAUCCAAGGGUCAAUUUUCAAAAAGUCUCACCACUGGUUUCACAUCAUGUUCAUACUGCAUUGCUUCACAUUUAGGUUUGGGUUCAUCCUUUUGGGAAAUAAGCUUAUUCACGUUCUUGCCGAGAGAUUUAAGGAGCUUCGUCUCGAUAAAACCCUGAUCCUUUUACAACGUGUAGUCUCUUUGUGAUGGAUGUCUAGUGUCAAGAUAAAGUGAUAAUCAGUGUCUAGUUGCAAAAGUAGCUGCCAAUUAGCCCCAAGAAUCCUCCUACUAGUACUUUUAAACCUCCAUAUUUAACAAGUUGUCUGUUGUUGGAUUGAAACGAGUGUGAAAACCACAAUUGGGGGGUUUUAGUUCUUUUCCCGGCUCCACUCUUUGUGCUAAGCUAACAUGCUAAUAUGGAUCUCUCAUCUCUCUGUGAGAAAUCAAAUAAGCGUAUUUCCCAAAAUGUGUUCCUUUUUAAAAUCCUUUUCUUUCUGUUAAAACCUUACAAUGAGUGUUUCCUGAACCACUGGUAAACAAACACUACAAAAUCUCACUUAUUUUCCCAAUAUAAAUCCAGUGUUUAUAAAGGUGAAAGCCACGGAGUGACGGGUGACGUAGUUGUCGGUGAAUGUAUGACCCUGCGGUCGGACUGGGUGCACUUAUAGUUUGAUGCAAACUCCUUUAACCUCUGGGGACCCUUUACAACAACUGAAGACAUGUAUCUUCCAGUGAAUACUGCAGAGCAACAUGGCCUGAAUGCCUUGAAAAGUGCACUAUUUUUAUUUUAGACAAAGCUUAUUCUUUUACCUUACAAAGCAGCAGAUCUUUUGCUAUCUCAACAAUAAAUAUUUUAAUAAUAGAUGUGAAUUUUAGCACAGAGUAGUAUACGUGGUGUGUUUGUAGCCAGGCGUUUAUAGAGAAGAGUUUUACUGUAUGACGCGUUUUGUACCCUGAUCCUCGGGGCCUGCCUGCUCUCUCCCUGUGGUCUUAUCUGUGUUCAUGCAGUCCCGCUGGUAUUUCAUUGUACCGUCAUCUUCACACACUGUUCAAACGCUUGAGGUUUCCCUUGUCAGAUGUAAUAUCUUCUAUCCUAAAGAGAUGUUUGAGAGUUAAAGAAUACACUUAUUUUACUUCUGCUGGUCACAGAAGGGAAGGGAAUAUAUAAGGAAACCAAAGUCUAAAUGGGAUUUAUGUCCAUGUUUUAUUUCUGAAUUUGAAAUCUGCUUCCAUAUUAUUUUUCCUAAUUUGCUCUGUCCGUCUCAGUCUGUUUAAACUCCAGAUGCAGUUUAAUAGGAUGUGAGUUCUCUUUUUGUUUGGCCAGUUAUUUCCACUAACAGCAGCUACCACUGUUCUGACACUUCAGACCACUUCUGCUUCACACGUGUUGCUCUUGUUCCUGAGGGUUAUUUUAUAAUGUUAGUAGGAUUCAUGUCUUUACGGAGGGGCGGGGGGGGGGGGUCCGGGCAGUGAUGCUCUGCUUUGGUUGCACAUCAGCAUGUUGGGUCGCAUCUUUAACCUCAAGUCCGAUAUUAUCCUCAUUACUUUAGCUUUGCUCUUCAGUUAUGUUUGUUUUUAUUUUACUGUCAGUAUUUUAAAUUAACAAAAAAAGCUGUUUAUUUUGUUGCUUUUGCAAAGUCCCCGACUUCCUUGAAAUUAUGUCUGUAGAACAAAAAGAAACUAUUUUAAAACUAAAUAAAUAGAGCGUUAUUUAAUGA